AUGUGGGCAGAGGUUUCGAUCAGUCACGUAUCGGAACUAUCUAAAUAUCCAAAUAUUCCCCCAACAAUCAAGAAGUUCAUCACAGAUUUGUCAAGAACCUUCUUGUUCAAACAACGGGAGAAGCCUGUUCUGGAUAGUCUACAGGAUUUAAUGAACAUCUACUGCAUGGGUAUCGACUCAAUUCAAGACAUCAAUAGACUAGGUGUUGUAACUCAUGCCACAAAGGAUGGUCAAUUGCAAGUCACCAUCAAGCACAUGCCAAUCAUCACUGGCUAUAAUGUAUUAGGUUUUGUUACGUUGGCGGGGAUUUGCUAUGGUGCUUGGCAGUUUUACCACAGCUCUGAUAGCAACUUACAAGAUCCCGAGUGA